AUGACGGUGCAGAAAUGCUCGGCUAUCUGCAAGGAUUACCUCUACUAUGCUCUGGGAGAUGGCAAGGAGUGCUGGUGCGGUGAUACAUUCCAUGUCCCUGCUGAACUUGUUAGUCAUAAUCAAUGCUCUAUACCGUGCGCGGGCAAUUCCGCGCAGAAAUGUGGAGGGAGCUGGAAGAUAUCUAUUUAUUCCAAGUAA